AAGGUGGGAUUUGUGUGGGACAGGAUGCUUUCAUGGAGCCCUUUAGCCAACUUCUUUUGGGACUUACAGUGCAAAAUAUAUUUUCUGCUUGUGGGUAUUUGUUCCGCCUUAAAGUUGACAGUGCCAUCUCAUACUAUCCAUGGUAUUGCAGGGCAACCACUCCAUCUUACUGUUGACUACAAUUUCAAUGCUACAGCUUCUGAAAUCCAGAUAAUUUGGCUUUUUGAGAGGCCUCACAGUAAUCCAAAAUACUUGCUUGGCUCUGUAAAUCAAACAGUAGUUCCAGACUUGGAAUAUCAACACAAGUUUACCCUCAUGCCACCUAAUGCAUCUUUGAUGAUCAAUCCAUUGCAUAUCAGUGAUGAGGGCAAUUAUAUUGUAAAAGUCAAUGUCCGUGGAAACAGGACAAUAGCUGCCAGUCAAAAGAUUCAAGUAGCUGUUGAUGUUCCUGUCACAAAGCCAAUUGUACAUAGUGAACCAUCUUCAGGAGUAGUGGAGUAUGUAGGGAAUAUUACAUUAAAAUGUACUGUGGAAAAAGGUACAAGGGUAAUUUACCAGUGGAUGAAAAAUGGGAAGCCUCUCCAUGCCAGCCCUAAUUACACCUUUUCAUCAAACAAUGCAACAGUUCUAAUUGUUCCUGUUGUAAAAGAAGACAUUGGGAACUACAGCUGUCUGGUAUCUAACCCUGUCAGUGCACUGGAAAGUGAGAUAAUUGCACCAACCAUAUAUUAUGGACCUUAUGGACUUCGAGUUAAAUCAGAUAAAGGUCUGAAUAUAGGGGCAGUGUUCACAGUGGACAUGGGGGAAGUUAUACUGUUUGACUGCUCAGCAGAUUCAAAUCCACCAAAUACUUAUUUGUGGAUUCAAAGGGCUGACAAUACCACUCAUGUAAUCAAAUAUGGACCCCAUCUGGAAGUUGUAUCUGAAAAAGUGGCCCAGAAGACAAUAGAUUACAUGUGCUGUGCUUUUAACAAUGUGACUGGAAAACGAGAUGAAACUCACUUCACUGUCGUCGUUACUUCUGUAGGACUGGAAAAGCUGGCCCAGAAAGGAAAAUCUUUGUCAUCUCUUGCAGUAAUAACUGGAAUUUCAUUAUUUUUGAUCCUAGCUAUGGCCUUUUUAUUCAUAUGGAAAAGAUAUCAGCCACAUAAAGUGAUACGACAGAAGCUGCAGAGCAGGCCAGAAGCUGAUUACAGAAAGGCGCAGACAUUUUCAGGACAUGAAAGUGCUUUGGAUGACUUUGGGAUAUAUGAAUUUGUUGCUAUUCCUGAUCUUGCCAGUGGUUCUAGGGUUUCAAGCCAAUCUACUCCUGGCUCUGACUUUGUCCCAGGCCAGGAUAUGCUUAGUACGGUUUAUGAAGUUAUUCAGCAUAUUCCUGAGCAGCCGCAACAAGACCAUCAACAGUAA